UAUUAUAAUGAUGUUGACAUUUAUAUACUAAUUCUUAUAUACACAAAGGAAUUAGCAUACUACAAUUCUUGGCAAAGACAAUCAAAUGCAAAUGAUAUAUCUUCACUUGAUUUUCUUCUUCUUUGCUCUUCUUCGUCCACUACCUUCAUCUCCUAGCCCAUACCAUAAACCAAAUUGCCCUGAUCGUUGUGGGAAUGUAACAAUUCCAUAUCCCUUCGGAGUCGGGUCGGGUUGCUCGCUCGGGUACUCGUUUAACAUCACUUGCAACACCUCCACCACCCCUCCAAAACCCUAUCUCAACAUCAAAAAAUAUAAUUUAGAAGUGGUUGAGAUAAGAGCUGAUAACCCGACCCGGAUCCGGAUCCGGUACCCCUACCUGAUUUAUGGAGUUUGCUAUAAUCUAACCUCAGGCAACAAAACGUGGAGGGAGGAGAACUACAUUGAUUUGUCGGAGACCCAAUAUACGUUGUCGGAAAACAACUGGCUGACUACCAUUGGCUGCGAUGACUUUCCGGCGGUGACUACAAAUCGGGGCCAAGAAUACUACCUCGAUGCCUGCGUUGGCUUCUGUUCAAGAAAUAGGUCUACUGUCGGCGUCUGCCCGAACAACGACGACAGCAAUUCCGUCGGCGAGGGCUGUUGCCGGGUACCCAUUGCCAAAGGUACCUGGUUCCUUUAUAUGGGUUUAGAUGACCUGACUAAAAUCGUGAACCGUACAAGGUUAUUCCCUUGCAGCUAUGGCUUUGUGAAGGAGAAGGGAAGCAUCAAGAAACCUGCCUACGAGUAUGAUCUCAGCAUCCUGCGGCAACAGCAAACCUCCAAAAAAAGUCAAUGGCCGCAGGUGGUUAGUCUGGAUUGGAGGAUCGGCGACCAGAACUGCUCUCGAGCACGCCUGAACUCGACUUAUGCAUGUCAAGCUAACUCUCAUUGUGUUGAUUUUUGUGCCGAGACGAGCGGAUACCUUUGCAACUGCUCGCAAGGAUAUACCGGCAAUCCAUACCUCUACCAAGGCUGCACAGAUAUAAAUGAAUGUGAUGAUAAUCCAUGUGGUCCACAUUCGCAAUGCAAGAAUGUUCCCGGCUCUUUUAGUUGUACGUGUGAUAGUGGAUAUAAUGGUGAUGGAAAGAAGGGUGAAAGUGGUUGCACAAACACUAUCAAAUUUGUCCUAAUAGGUUUAGGUUCUGCGUUGGGACUUCUACAACUUCUUUUACUGUGUUUUUGGCUGCGUAAGGUGUUUGAAAAGAGGAAGAAUAGAAAGCGCAAAGAAGAUCUCUUCAAACACCUUCUCCUCCUCCAAAAACAAACAGGUGAGGGGUCAUUUGGAAGAACCAAACUUUUCACUGCAAAAGAGUUGGAGAAAGCCACCGAUCACUUCAACAAGAGCCGCAUCUGCGGACGAGGAGGGCAAGGCAUUGUCUACAAAGGCAUGUUAUCCGAUGGCACAAUCGUGGCAAUCAAGAAACUAAACAAGGUUGAUGAGAACCAACUUGAGCAGUUCAUCAAUGAGGUCUUGAUACUGUCGCAAAUCAAUCACAAGAACGUGGUCAAGUUGUUAGGGUGUUGUCUCGCGACUAAGGAUCCUCUUCUUGUCUACGAGUUCUUACCAAAUGGGACGCUUUUCGAUUUCAUUCAUGAUCCUAAGCCUGAAUUCCCGCUCACAUGGAACAUACGAUUGAAAAUAGCCACAGAUGUAUCGGGAGCACUGGCUUACUUACACUCUGCAUCUUCUGUACCUAUCUAUCACAGAGACAUCAAGUCUACUAAUAUCCUUCUGGAUGAAAAAUACAUUGUCAAAGUGUCGGAUUUUGGAAUUUCCAAACUUGUUGAAGUGGACCAGACUCAUCUAACUACCCUAGUGAAAGGGACGUUUGGGUAUUUAGAUCCAGAGUAUUACCAAACAAGUCAAUAUACAGAAAAGAGCGACGUUUACAGCUUUGGAGUAGUACUUCUAGAACUUCUAACAGGGCAACGACCGAUAUCAAUGGAGAGAACGGAGAUGAGAAGAAACUUGGCUUCACAUUUUCUUGCAUAUAUAGGAGCAGACAACCUUGACGCCAUUUUAGACGCCCAGGUUCUGGAGGAAGGUAGAAAAGACGAGGUUAUUGCAGUUGCAAGGCUUGCACGAAGAUGCUUGAAUGUUAGGGGGCAAAUGCGACCAACUAUGAAAGAAGAAAGUUUAGUAAUGUCCCAAACACAUCCAGCUAAUGAUAUGGAGCUCGAAGAAGAAGCAAUAGUGUCUGAAGCAAAGGACAUGGAGUACUCAUGGACAAGCCAUGAUCAUUGUAUUUCCACAUCAUCAUCGGAUGCACAUCCCUUGAUGUCUAUAUUCCUAAGCCCACAACAAAUCCAACAUACUACUACUCUUGGCAAAGGCAUUCAAAUGCAAAUGAUAUAUCUUCACUUAAUUUUCUUCUUCUUUGCUCUUCUUCGUCCACUACCUUCAUCUCCUAUCCCAUACCAUAAACCUGGCUGCCCCGCCCGAUGUGGGAAUGUAACAAUUCCAUAUCCCUUCGGAAUCGGGCCGCGUUGCUCGCUCGAGCCAUCGUUUAACAUCACUUGCAACACCUCCACCACCCCUCCCAAACCCUACCUCAGUCUCAACGCCAGUAGAGUUAACUUAGAAGUGGUUGAGAUAAGAAGUGAUGACCCGAGCCGGAUCCGGAUCCGGUACCCGUACCUGCUUUAUGGAGUUUGCUAUAAUCUAGCAUCAGGCAACGGAACGUGGAGAUAUCGGAGGGGGAUUAACUUGUCGAAGACCCAAUAUACGUUGUCGGAAAACAACUGGCUGAUUGCCGUUGGCUGCGAUGACUUUGGGGAGACCAUUACAUUUCGGGGCCAAGAAUCCUUCUUGGACCCAGGACACCUCGAUGCCUGCGUAGGCUUCUGUUCAGGUAAUAGGUCUGCUGUCGGAGUUUGCCCGAACAACGAUGACAGCAACUCCGUCGGCGAGGGCUGUUGCCGGGUACCCAUGGCCAAAGGUACCUGGUACCUUAGUAUCGGUUUGUUUGACCUGACUAAAAUCGUGAAUCGCAAGAGGCUUUUCCCUUGUAGCUAUGCCUUUGUGAAGGAGAAGGGAAUCAUCAACAAACCUACCUACACAUAUGAUUCCAGCAUCCUGCAGCAAAGCUCCGCAGCGUUCUCCCAAAAAAAUCAAUGGCAGCAGGUGGUUAGUCUGGAUUGGAGGAUCGGCGACCGUAACUGCUCUCGAGCACGCAGAAACUCGACUUAUGCAUGUCAAGCUAACUCUCAUUGCGUUGAUUUUGGUGCUGACAUUGAGGGAUAUCUUUGCAACUGCUCACAUGGAUAUGUCGGCAAUCCAUACCUCUACCCCGGCUGCACAGAUAUAAAUGAAUGUGAUGAUAAUCCAUGUGCUCCACAUGCGCAAUGCAAGAAUGUUCCCGGCUCUUUUAGUUGUACGUGUGAUAGUGGAUAUAAUGGUGACGGAAAGAAGGGUGGGAGUGGUUGCACAAGCUCAAUCAAAUUUGUCCUGAUAGGUUUAGGUUCUGCGUUGGGACUUCUACUACUUAUUUUACUAUGUUUUUACAUGCGUAAGGUGUUUGAGAAGAGGAAGAAUAGAAAGCGCAAAGAAGAUCUCUUCAAACACCUUCUUCUCCUCCAAAAACAAACAGGUGAGGGGUCAUUUGGAAGAACCAAACUUUUCACUGCAAAAGAGUUGGAGAAAGCCACUGAUCACUUCAACAAGAGCCGAAUCUGCGGACGAGGAGGGCAAGGCAUUGUCUACAAAGGCAUGUUAUCCGAUGGCGCAAUCGUGGCAAUCAAGAAACUAAACAAGGUUGAUGAGAACCAACUUGAGCAGUUCAUCAAUGAGGUCUUGAUACUGUCGCAAAUCAAUCACAAGAACGUGGUCAAGUUAUUAGGGUGUUGUCUCGCGACUCAGGAUCCUCUUCUUGUCUACGAGUUCUUACCAAAUGGGACUCUUUUCGAUUUCAUUCAUGAUCCAAAACCCGAAUUCCCGCUCACAUGGAACAUGCGUUUGAAAAUAGCCACAGAUGUAGCGGGAGCACUGGCUUACUUACACUCUGCAUCUUCUGUACCUAUCUAUCACAGAGACAUCAAGUCUACUAAUAUCCUUCUGGAUGAAAAGUACAUUGUCAAAGUGUCGGAUUUUGGAAUUUCCAAACUUGCUGAAGCGGACCAGACUCAUCUAACUACCCUAGUGAAAGGGACGUUUGGGUAUUUAGAUCCAGAGUAUUACCAAACAAGUCAAUAUACAGAAAAGAGCGACGUUUACAGCUUUGGAGUAGUACUUCUAGAACUUCUAACAGGGCAACGACCGAUAUCAAUGGAGAGAACGGAGAUGAGAAGAAACUUGGCUUCACAUUUUCUUGCAUAUAUAGGAGCAGACAACCUUGACGCCAUUUUAGACGCCCAGGUUCUGGAGGAAGGUAGAAAAGACGAGGUUAUUGCAGUUGCAAGGCUUGCACGAAGAUGCUUGAAUGUUAGGGGGCAAAUGCGACCAACUAUGAAAGAAGUGGCUAUGGAAUUGGAAAGUUUAGUACUGUCCCAAUCACAUCCAGCUAAUGAUAUGGAGCUCGAAGAAGAAGCAAUAGUGUCUGAAGCAAAGGACGUAGAGUUUUCAGACAUUGAGUACUCAUGGACAAGCCAUGAUCAUGGUAUUGCCUCAUCAUCAUCAGAUGCACAUCCCUUGAUGUCUAAAGACUAAAGAAGUAUGAUUGCACUUCUUUCUCAUUAUAAUUCUCAUGAAUUCUUUUCUUAUGCAUUUUGUGUGGUACUAGAAGACUUCUUGUUUCAUAUGUUAUUUUAUUUUCUAUUUUUGGUGACAAUUGAACUCUUUAGUUCAUAAAUUUAAAUUUAUAAUAUGAUAAUAGAAUUAUUACA